UAUCACGAAAACGACACCAUAUGAUUCUAACUCGGAAGGUUACAUUACGCAGUCUCUCUCUCUCUCUCUCUCUAGCACCCCAUAAAAUAUGUGAAGAAAGGAGUAUUUUUAUCUCCAGAGUUGGUGGAAAAGAAAUAGGUAUAGAUUUUUCAGAAGGGUUUUUGGUUACCCAUUUCUUCUCUGACUCCUAAAAGUGAAGAAAAUCAGAAAAUCAAACCUGGGUUUGGAAUCUCUCUACAGAGAAAGUGUGGGAGAAAAUGGGGAUGAUAACACAAGAAAUGAUCAAACAGUUCAGCUCAUUGAUGGAAGAAAUUGAUGAACCACUCAAGAACAGCUUCAAGAGUAUUCAUGAAGGAUACCCAACAGAAAAUCUGGUGCGGUUUCUCAAAGCGAGGGAAGGGAAUGUCUCCAAAGCCCAUAAAAUGAUGGUUGAUUCUUUGAACUGGAGAGUACAAAAUGAGAUCGACAACAUAUUGGCGAAACCAAUCAUUCCUACUGAUUUGUAUAGAGCAGUGCGGGAUUCAUAUCUUAUUGGAAUGUCAGGUUACUCAAAAGAGGGCCUUCCUAUCAUUGCUAUCGGCGUAGGACUAAGCACAUAUGACAAAGCAUCAGUUCAGUACUAUGUUCAGUCACACAUCCAAAUGAAUGAAUAUAGGGACCGCGUGAUAUUGCCUUGUGCAACAAAGAAGUAUGGGCGAUAUAUUAGCACUUGUGUGAAGAUUUUGGAUAUGACUGGUCUAAAGCUGUCAGCACUGAACCAAAUUAAGUUAUUGACAGUUUUAUCUACAAUUGAUGACCUGAACUAUCCAGAGAAGACAGAUACGUAUUAUAUUGUUAAUGCUCCAUACAUCUUUUCAGCAUGCUGGAAGGUAGUGAAGCCACUUUUGCAAGAAAGAACCAGGAAGAAAGUUCAGGUGCUGGCAGGUUGUGGAAGGGAUGAGUUAUUAAAUAGAAAUUUGGACUUGAGGAAUCCGCAAGCUGGGAUGAGACAAUAUCAUUGUUUGACCAACAGUUCUGAUACUUUUGAGUUAGUGAUUUUGCAAACAAAGUUUAGGCAGUAUAUAUUUGCUAACCCCACUCCAUUGUUAUACACCAUCAAAGUCAAGUCAUGUAUGAUACUGAGUGUGUUGUACCAUUUAUGUCCUGGAUUUAUUGUAUCGUGUAAGCGGUAUGUUGGGUAUGUUGGGGUUUUUUUCAUAAUAUUUGUGUUAGUCCUGAUCUCGGAGACUUUGCUUCUGUCAAUUAUAUUAUUGCUAGCUUUGACAACAAUUACUGGUGACCUGAAUGCAGAUAAUGGAUUACUCAUCUCUCCCACAUUUUUGUAAAAGAGAAGGAUCAGGAUCAGGAUCAGGAUCAUUUCGACUUUCUAGAAAUGGAACAACCGAUAAUUGUUUCUCCUUGGACCAUGAGUUCCAUCAACAGCUUUAUAAUUAUAUCAAGCAUGAAGCUGAACUCAUGGAGUCCAUUGCACUAAUCAAACAGAGGUCAUUCCAUGUGGAUAUUCCUGAGCCAGAUCUGGAAGAUGAAAACAUUGCUGAAAGAUUAGAAUCCGAGUUCCAGAGGCUUGGCGGUCAGAAUGGGCUUUCAAACUCAUUUGGUGACCUUACAAUCAGUCGUGAUUUAGCUGAAGGAAAAUGAUUACAAGCUUCACAUAACCACCUAAGGUGGAUGAUCUUACUGCUGCGGAAAGUUUAACAAGUAGAAUUCAUUUGCUCAUAGUUAUGUAUGUAGCUUUUAACAGGAAAAAAUUAACAACUCUAAUCCCUGAAGUAUCAGACGUUACCAGUUAUUAUGACACCCUCUCUUGGGAGAUAUAAAGAAGCAAAGCUUUAUUCUUCCAAGUAAAUGCUCUUCUUUUAAUAUUGGACUAAUCUUACUUUGCUUUCGAAAGAUACUUCGAUUCUGAAUUUAUAACUUUAAACAUUAAAAAUCUCAAUUUACACCUUCAAUGUUGUAAAUUUGUAGCAAUGUAAACCUGAUUUAGACUAACGUUUAUUUCUUAAAUUGAAGCACGGUG